AUGACGUUGACUAUGAGUCUGGCAAGUCUCAAACCCAAACCGAUCCGACCCAAAAGCCCUUACCUUCCCCAAACACUGAACUCAAGUAGAAUCUUCAAGUCCUUGUCUCUCCCCAACCCUUCAGUCGGAGUCGGAGCCCCGACUCUGGUGGAUCAAUUCGACCCGACCAUCCCAAUAGAGCGGGCCGUCACUCCCCCCAGCUCAUGGUACACCGAUCCUUCCUUUUACGCUCAAGAACUCCACUCUGUUUUUUACCGUGGAUGGCAAGCUGUAGGAUAUACUGAACAGAUAAAGAAUGCUGGGGACUUCUUCACCGGCAGAUUGGGGAAUGUGGAGUUUGUUGUGUGUCGAGAUGAUAAUGGCAAGCUUCAAGCUUUCCACAAUGUGUGUCGCCAUCACGCCUCAAUUCUUGCUUACGGAAGUGGCCGAAAGUCGUGCUUCGUGUGCCCUUAUCAUGGGUGGACAUAUGGGUUAGACGGUGCACUUCGCAAGGCAACUAGGAUAACAGGAAUACAGAACUUCAAUAAGCAUGAGUUUGGGCUUACACCAGUAAAAGUAGCUACUUGGGGACCGUUUGUCCUUGCAAAUAUGGAGCCAGAGGUUGAUAGUGAUGUAGAAAUCGUGGAAAGCAAAUGGCUUGGGACCUCUUCAGACAUACUGAGUAAAAACGGGGUUGAUUCAUCAUUAACUUUUGUUUGUAGACGUGAAUAUAUGAUUGAAUGUAACUGGAAGGUCUUUUGUGACAACUACUUAGAUGGGGGAUAUCAUGUGCCUUAUGCACAUAAAGAUCUAGCAUCUGGUCUCAACCUGAAUGGUUACUCUACCACAGUAUAUGAAAAGGUCAGCAUUCAAAUGUGUGAAGGGGGUUCAACAGAGAAGAAAGAUGACCAUGAUCGGCUUGGAUCAAAAGCCCUUUAUGCUUUCAUUUAUCCCAAUUUCAUGAUUAAUAGGUAUGGACCAUGGAUGGACACCAAUCUGGUAAUCCCUCUUGGACCUAGGAAAUGUCAAGUGAUAUUUGAUUACUUUCUUGAAGCUUCUGUCAAGGAUGACAGUGAUUACAUAGAGAGGAGCUUGAAUGAGAGUGAAAAAGUACAGAUGGAAGAUAUCGUGCUGUGUGAAGGUGUUCAAAGAGGUCUUGAAUCACCCGCAUACAAUAUUGGUAGAUAUGCACCAACAGUUGAAAAUGCAAUGUACCAUUUUCACCGUCUGCUCCAUGAGAGCUUAAGAGAAUAA